GACGGUUCAGCAUUUCUUUAUGUAUAAUACAUAAUGGUGGAAAAGUAUGUACAGAAUCACUGCAUGGCUGCCCCCUCCAUCAUAAUUCAGAGGAAAAUGUACAGUAAAAAGGUACAAUCCCAAAUGGACGCCCCAUGAGUGCAGCCAGAUGAAGAGUGGUUGUGGGAGGUCGGAAAAAAAGAGGGAUGGACAUCGUUCUGCAGUGAGCAGACUUUUUAGGGCUGAGUUAAAAAACAGUCAGUAUUACUGAGCAGGGAGGGCGGAUGCUCGGAAACUCUCCUCACUCUUACUUUCCUCUCCGGACUUUUGUGUCCCCUUUUUCAUCCGCUCUGUCUUCCUGACACAAGAUAAACUCGGGAUUACACAAUCUGACGCAGAGGAGAAGAUGAAGUCCCACUUUUGUUUCCUUGUCACCUGUGUGACCCUGCUCUCACUGUGUCAUGCAACUCCUCUGUUCUACAACAUCUCCAUGGACGGCAGUGGUGAUGAAACAGAGCUGGAGCUCCUUCCGAUCUCCCUCACCACUCGAACCCCCGUUCACAUCUCCGCUGCUACCGGACCUCCCAGCCUCACCACCACCAUCACCAACACCAUCACCACCACCAUGAUCCGCCUGAAGGACUUUGUCUUCACCCGAGUGGUGGACUUCCUGCAGGCGAAUCUACUCAUCAUCAUCGUUGUGACCUCUUUACUCAUCGUCAUGGUCUUCAUCAUCUGCUGUGCCUCUGCCAUGAGUCAGAAGCGCAAGCUGGAGACCUACAAACCCCUUCCUAACUCAGCCCGGAAGCUUGCGGCGAGCAAAACAAACGCACGCAAGAACUCCAGUGAGCCUGUGGAGAGGCCCUACGCUGUCGACCACGUUAAGAGAGUCCAGACUCAGAGCAUGGCCUCCCCCAAGACCCUGCGCCAGCCCUCCAAGGCUCUGGUGGGAGAGAGGGGGAGAGACGUUCGCUCGUCGCCUCGCCAGGAGGUCAGAAAGGUCCGGGAGUCCGAGGAGGUGGAAAAGCGCCGAGAAGAGCCCAAGCACAAAGAGCAGCCGAGGCAGAGGGAGGAGGUGCAGCAGAGCCCCAGCACCAGCGCCGCCCCCACUGUCUGCACCUGCCACCUGAAGAAGGGCCACCACUAGGGCGGGUUCAGGGCCGAUGGUGGCAACCAUGACAUAACAACAAGAUCUGGUUAUACUGUACACCUUUGGAAAGAAAUCAUUGGGAUUGAAAUCUGAAAUACCUCUGGAUAACAACAGGAAAUGUAUUCUUAUCUGAUGUAAACAUUAAAUUAAAAGUUAAAAUAUUGAAUUUUGCUGCAUACAUCCUGUCUUCAAAAGUUGCUUCUUAAAGUUUUUGAUUUAUAUAAAAGGUUCAAAAGCCAACAUUUGAUAAUAUAUGGCUUUUAAAGAGGAUCAGUGGUCUGUUUGUCCCUAGUCUUGCAGUGGUCGAUUAGGAUAAGUCAUUAUGUUGGUUCUCAUUAUUGCAAGUCAAUGUUUUGAGACAUAUAAUGCAAGGAUGUUUUAUCCAUCACAAGGCUUCAUUUGUUUUUUAACUUUUGUGACCACAGAGUCGUCACUGACUAUUAGAACGUCACUGUGCCAUUAAAGUAGCAUCAUUUUAAACAGUGAUGUAAACAUUUGUAUUAUGGAUACCAUCGUUUUAGAGAAAACCAAUAACAAUAGAAUAAAUGGGUAGCCAUUGGUUCCCUAAAAGAAAUGACAGAUCAGUAUCCGUGUGUUUGUGAUGUAUGACUACAUGUGCCUGCCUUGACAGAGGGAUCUCCUCGGUACGUCCUGCUGUUCGCCUCGGCGUUUCUUCUGCAGCUUUAGAGCUAACCUCUGCUGCUGUAAAUAAAGCAAAGUGAGAAGCCAGAAGCCGGAUUGUUCUAACAAAACAGUCUCUUUUUAUUUACCUUCAUAUUUACUUAUUUUUCAUUUGUUAUUUCCUUUUUAUGUCAUAUCCUAUUGCUUUCUCCCUCACAAACCUAAUUCACAAAGCUCUACACUAAAGGCAUAAUUUGCAACUGUGUUACUGGGAAGUAAAAUAUAUAUAUAUUAUCUAUCUGUAUAUAUAUUUAUCUUUGGUUGAUAAUUCUGAUCUGCCUUCAACAUAAAAGCAGUUUUUUGAGGGGAUACAUAAACUUUGUGAAUCAGGUUUUAUUUUAAUUUUAAUAAGUAAUACUUAUGUAUAAUUUAAAUGAUGGGUUUUAUCUUUAAUAUAAUAAUUAGUAGUGAGUACAGGGAUAGAUAGCUGUUGUAUUAAGUUUUAUUGUUUUGAUACGGUGUAAUUGUCAUAUGUUUAUGGUUUUCUUUGACUCAAAUUGAAGACUGGAGAAGAACUAUCCAUCUUACUGUCCCCUUACUGAAGUCAAUGACUCAAAUUCAGUGAGUUUGUAUGCCUUAUGGGCCAGUUUCUCUUCUAAAUACUUUUCAACCUCAGACUGUUGUCCUCAGAUGUUUCCAAACACAUGCCUCCUCUGUAAAUGACAGAUUUGUUUUGCUUGUGUUGAAUAAAAUUGUUGUUAACAA